AUGUACGCUAUCGCCAAGUUUUUCGUCGUUCUCGCCUCCGCUCUCAGCUUCGCCAGCUCCGCCGUCGCAGCUCCGGUCGAGGCAUCCGUCUCGAGCGACCUCGCUGCUCGUGCUCCCUACGAUGUACACAACGGCUGGGCUACCUACUACAACCCGUCUGCCGGAAUUGGAUCGUGCGGCUGGCAGAACCGGGACGACGAGUGGGUCGCAGCCGUCGGCACGAGCCUGUUCCAGGAGAUGAUGAUCGACGGCAACCCGAACCACAGCCAGGCGUGCGGCAAGACAGCGAGCGUGACGUACGGAGGCAAGACGAUCACGGUGGGGAUCGUGGACCGGUGCUACGCCUGCGGCUACAACGACAUCGACCUGUCGCCGUCUGCGUUCCAGCAGUUUGCAGGUCUCGGCGUCGGCAAGCUCAACGGGGUAUCGUGGAGGUUCAACUAA